UUGUUACUCUUCCCUUUAUUUAUUGUUUCUUUAAUAAAUAUUAAUCUGUUGAUGUUGAUGAUGGAUUCAGAUGAAGUCAGACUUAUAUUCCUGUAUUUAAGAAGUUAUUGCUCAGUUAUAACCAGUUAUUAAUCAGCUUUUAUCUUUUAGUUUUGUGUCUGUCUCUUUCCUCCUGCAGAAACAACAUGGCGUCUCCUCCAGGUGAUGAAGAGGUGAAGAAGAGCAGGAAGGACAAGAAGGACAUCGAGGACUUAACAUCUGGGGGACACAGAGCUCUGCAGGAUGGACGUCUUCAAGAUGCUGUGAGCUGCUUUAAAGAUGCUUUGAGGACGGCAGCACGGCUGCAGGACUCGCGUGUCCUCCGGGCCUGCUCCUUUAACCUCGGGGCGGCCUACGUGGAGACGGGCCGACCCCACAAGGGUCUGGACUUUCUGCACCAGGCUGAAAACGGUCCUAAGGCCGACCGCCUCCCAGACCUCCAGUUCAACCUGGCCUUGGCCCACAAUGCACUGGGGCAGCACCGGGAGGCCGCCGCCCACUUCCUGCAGGCUGCUCAGCUGUUCAGGUCCCAGGGGGACGGACGCAACGAGGGGGACGCCUGCAUGGAGAUGAGCCGGUGCUACACCAGAACCCAGGACCGGACUCUGGCCGUUCAGGGCUUCCUGAGGGCAGCAGAGAGCUACAGUGUGGCGGCCAUGUUGGAUUGUGCAGCCAUGGCCCUGAAAGAAGCAGGAAGUCACAUGGUCCAAUCAGAUCAGUUCAGUCACGAUGACAUCACCAGCGUCCUCACUGAGUGUCUGAGUCUGACGGAUAGCAUUGACGAGCCGAGAAUUCUGGGUGAGCUGUACCUGUCAGUGGGCGUGUCGUACUGCCAGCUAAGGUGUUUCCAGGAAGCAGUGCAGUGUUUCCAUAGGGCCUUGGGCCCCUUGGCUCUGCAGCCCCCUCUUCUGGCCAAAGUGCUGCACAACCUCGGGGCCGCCUUGAACUCAGUGGGCGAGUUCGGCCGAGCGCUGAGGUUCCACCGCCAGGCCGCUGGACUCUAUGGCUCUCUGGGUUGCCGUGGUGACCAGGCUCGGUGUUUUAGUAACCUGGCGUUUGCCUGCAGCCGGAUGGGUGAUGAAGAGGAGGCAGCAGAGAGCUUCAUCCUCGCUCUGCAGGGAUUCAGAGACACAGGUGAGUACCUGGCCCAGGUUCAGGUGUGUGAGCUGUUGGCUGAGAUUUACCUGAAGCAGAGAAAGCAGCAGAAAGCUGUUCAGCUCUACAAGCAGGCUCUAAGCUCCCUGGCCCACUGCCAGGACAGUGAUGAUGUUCAGGAUCGACUGGUGGAACGACUCACAGCUGCUCUGCGCCUGACAGUGACUACACAACACCACUACACAACACAACACCUCUACACUACACCACUACACCACUACACUACACAACACCACUACACA